AUGUAUCCUUCUUCUUUUCAGAUAUAUCCUACUUAUCUUCAAAUAUAUCAUUUUUAUCGCCAGACAUAUCCUUCUUAUUUUCAGAUCUAUCAUUCUUAUCUUCAUAUCAAUCCUACUUAUUUUCUGCUUCAGAUCUAUCCUUCUGAUCUUCGUCUAUUCUUCUUAUAUUCAGAUCUAUCCUUCUUAUCUUGGUCUAUCCUCCUUAUUUUCAGAUCUAUCCUUCUUAUUUUCAGCUCUAUCCAACGUAUCUUCAAAUAUAUCCUCCUUAUCUCCAUGACUAUCCUUCUUAUCUCCAGGUCUAUUCUUCCUAUCUUCCAGUCUAUCCUUCUUAUCUUCAAGUCUAUCAAUCUUAUAUUCAAAUCUGUCCUUCUGUUCUUCAGACUUAUCCUUCUUGUCUUCAAGUCUAUCCUACUUAGCGUCAGAUGUAUCCUUCUUCUUUUAAGAUCUAUCCUACUUAUCUCCAAAUAUAUACUUCUUAUCUCCAAGUCUAUCCUUCUUAUCUUCAAUUCUAUCCUUCCUAUCUCCAGACAUCUCGCCAAGUAUAUCGUUCUUAUCUUCAAGUCUAUCAUUCUUAUAUUCAAAUCUAUCCUUCUUAUAUCCAGACAUAUCCUUCUUAUUUUCAGAUCUAUCAUUGUUAUUUUCAAGUCUACCCUUCUCAUAUUCAAACCUAUCCUUCUUAGCUUCACAUCUAUCCUUCUUAUACUUAAGUCUCUCCUUCUUAUCUUCAAAUAUAUCCUUCUGUUCUUUAGACUUAUCCUUAUUGUCUUCAAGUCUAUCCUUCUUGUCUUCAGAUGUAUCCUUCUUAUUUUCAAAUAUAUCCUUCUUGCCUCCAAGUCUAUCCUUCUUAUCUUCAACUUUUCUUCUUCUUCUCUUUCUUUUCUUCUUCUUCUUCUUCUUCUUCAGCUGCUGAUUUCCUUCAUCUGUUUCUUCUUCUGUUUCUUCUUCUUCAUCUUCUUUCUUGGCUUCUUCCCUUCUUCUUCUUUCCUUUCUGUUUCAUCUUCUUCUUCUUCUUCUUCAUCCUGUUUCUUCUUCUUCUUUUCUUUUUUCUUCUUCUUCUUCUUGCUUUACUGUUUCUUCUUCUUCUUCCAUGAUUUUCCUUCCAUCUCUUCUUCUUCUUUUCCUUCAUCUUUCUUCUUCUUCUUCUUCUUCUUCUUCUUCUUCUUCUUCCUUAAUUUUCCUUCCAUCUCUGUUUCUUCUUCUUCAUCUUCUUCUUCUUUUCCUUCCAUCUGUUUCUUCUUCUUCUUCUUCUUCUUCUUGGCUGAUUUCCUUCCAUGUGUUUCUUCUUCUUCUUCUUCUUUUUCUUUUUCUUCUUCUUCUUCUUGGCUGAUUUCCUUCCAUCUGUUUUUCUUCUUUUUCUUCUUCUUCUUCUUGGCUGUUCCUUCUGUUUUGUUCUUUUUUUCUUCUUCUUCUUCUUCGCUGAUUUCCUUCCAGCUGUUUCUUCUUCUUCUUCUUCUUCUUCCUUCUUUCCUUGAUUUCCUUCUUUUCUUUUCUUCUUCUUCUUCUUCGCUGAUUUCCUUCAUCUUCUUCUUCUUCUUCCUGUUUCUUUCCAGCUUUUCUUCUUUUCUUCUUCUUCUUCUUCUGAUUUCCUUCCUGAUUUCCUUCAUUUCCUUGCUGUUUCUUCUUCUUCAUCUUCUUCUUCUUCUUCUGAUUUCUUCAGCUGUUUCUUCUUCUUCAUCAUUUCUUCUUCCAUCAUUUCUUCUUCAUCUUCUUCUUCUUCUUCUUCUUCCAGCUGUUUCUUCUUUUCAUCAUCUUCUUCUUCCUUCCAUCUGUUUCUUCUUCUUCUUCUUCUUCUUCUUCUUCUUCGCUGAUUUCCUUCAUCUGUUUUCUUCUUCUUUUUCUUCUUCUUCUUCUUUGGCUGAUUUCCUUCAUCUCUGUUUCUUCUUCUUCAUCAUCAGCUGUUUCUUCUUCUUCAUCUUCUUCUUCUUCUUGGCUGAUUUCCUUCCAGCUGUUUCUUCUUCUUCUUCUUCUUUUCCUUCAUCUUCUUCUUCUGUUUCUUCUUUUGAUUUCCUUCUUUUCCUUUCUUCUUCUUCAUCGCUGGUUCCUUGUUUCUUCUUCUUCAUUUCCUUCUUCUUCUUUUCUUCUUCUUCUUCAUCAUCUUCUUCUUCUUCUUCUUGGUUUCCUUCCAGCUGUUUCUUCUUCUUCAUCUUCUUCUUCUUCUUCUUCUUUUCCUUCCAGCUGUUUCUUCUUCUUCAUCUUCUUCUUCUUCUUGGUUUCCUUCUCUGUUUUUCUUUCAUCUUCUUCUUCUUCUUCGCUGAUUUCCUUCCAGCUGUUUCUUCUUCUUCAUCUUCUUCUUCUUCUUCUUCGCUGAUUUCCUUCCAGCUGUUUCUUCUUCUUCAUCUUCUUCUUCUUCUUCUUCUUGCUGAUUUCCUUCCAGCUGUUUCUUCUUCUUCAUCAUCUUCUUCUUCUUCUUCUUUUGGAUUUCCUUCCAUCUCUUUUCUUCUUCUUCUUUUUUCUUCUUCUUCUUCUUCUUCUUCGAUUUCCUUCCAUCUGCUGUUUCUUCUUCAUCAUCUUCUUCUUCUUCUUCUUCUUCUUCUUUCCUUCCAUCUUUCUUCUUCUUCUUCUUCUUCGCUGAUUUCCUUCCAUCUCUGUUUCUUCUUCUUCUUCUUCUUCUUGGCUGAUUUCCUUCCAUCUGUUUCUUCUUCUUCUUCUUUUCUUCUUCUUCUUCUUCUUCUUCAGUUCCUUCCAGCUGUUUUUCUUCUUCAUCAUCUUCUUCUUCUUCGCUUCAGCUGUUUCUUCUUCAUCAUCUUCUUCUUCUUCUUCCUUCCAGUUUCCCUUCCAGCUGUUUCUUCUUCUUCAUCUUCUUCUUCUUCUUCGCUUGUUUCCUUCCAGCUGUUUCUUCUUCUUCAUCUUCUUUUCUUCUUCUUCUCAUCUUCUUCUUCUUCGCUGAUAUCCUUCCGGGUUUUCCAUCUGUUUCUUCUUCUUCUUCUUCUUCUUCUUCUUGGCUGUUUCUUCUUUUCCUUCCAGUUUAAUUUCCUUCCAUCCUAUUUCUUCUUAUUCUUGGUUGAUUUCCUUCCAUCUGUUUUUCUUCUUCUUCUUCUUCUUCUUCUGAUUUCCUUCCAUGUGUUUCUUCUUCUUCUUCUUCUUCUUUUUCUUCUUCUUCUUCUUCUUCAUGGCUGUUUUCCAUCCAUCUGUUUCUUCUUCUUUUUCUUCUUCUUCUUCUUCUUGCUGGUUCCUUCCAUCGCUGUUUCUUCUUCUUCAUCUUCUUUUCUUCUUCUUCUUGGCUGUUCUUCUUCUUCAUCUUCUUUUCCUUCCAUGUGUUUCUUCUUCUUCUUCUUUUCUUUUCUUGGAUUUCUUCUGUUUCUUCUUCGAUUUCCUUUUUCUUCCUUGGUUCCUGUUCUUCUUCUUCUUUUUCUUCUUUUCUUCUUCCUUUUCUUCUUCUUCUUCUUCUUCUUGAUUUCCUUCCAUCUGUUUUUCUUCUUCUUCUUCUUCUUCUUCGCUGAUUUCCUUCCAGCUGUUUCUUCUUCUUCUUCUUCUUUCUUCUUCUUCAUCUUCUUCUUCUUUUUUCCUUCCAUGUGUUUCUUCUUCUUCUUCUUCGCUGAUUUCCUUCCAUCUGUUUUUUCUUCUUCUUCUUCUUUUUCUUCUUAUUCUUCUUCUUCUUCUUCGUUUUCCUUCCAGUUUCUUCUUCUUCUUUUCUUCUUUAUUCUUCUUCUUCUUCUUUUUCUUUUCCUUCCUGCUGUUUCUGUUUCCUUCCUUAAUUCCUUUCGAGGAAAUUCAUAUUUGCAAAGGAAUCGUGACAAUAAAAGAUGA